AUGUCCUCCUCGACCGACUCAUCCUCCAUCUUCCGGGUCGACGGCAUCGUAGCCGUCGUCACCGGCGGAGGCAGCGGAAUCGGCCUCACAAUGUCCCAUGCCCUCGCCUCCAACGGCGCCAAGAAAGUAUACAUUCUGGGCCGCCGCAAAGAAGUCCUCGAAACAGCGGCGGCCUCCUACCCAAACAUAAUCACCCCGAUACAGGCAGACGUGACCUCAAAGUCCGAUCUCCAAGCCGCAGUGGAAAAGAUAACCCUCGAAACCGGCUACGUCAACCUCGUGAUCGCCAACUCCGGCACCAUCGGCCCCGUCGUACGCUUCAGCCCGUCUCCCUCAACAACAGUAUCCGAGUUACGGGACACGUUAUUCACGGGGUUCAAUCCGCAGGACAUGACGGAUACACUGAAUGUGAACGUCACGGCAGCGUUCUUCACCAUGACGGCCUUCCUGGAACUGUUAGAUGCCGGGAACAAGAAAGCCCAGGAGGCAGGCGGGUUCGGAGGACCGGUGCUGGGACCGGCACAUGCCCCUGUCCCGACGGUUCAGAGUCAGAUUAUUUUCACGACGAGCGUGUCGGCGUUUAGUCGGCAUUGGUCGUCGUCGCCGCCGUAUUUGGCCGGUAAGGUGGCGGUGAUGCAGGUUGCGAAGCAUGCGAGUACGCAGUUGGCGAGGUUUGGGAUCAGGGUUAAUGCGAUUGCGCCGGGGGUCUACCCAUCCGAGCUAGCAUCCUCGCUGAUCGGGAACCGCAAACCCGAAGAAGAAACAUUCGAGGAUCCGCGAUUCAUUCCGGCGCGCCGGUUCGGCGGGGACGAGGAGAUGGCUGGGGCGAUUCUGUACUUGACGAGUCGGGCUGGGAGUUAUUCGAAUGGGUCGAUUCUGUUGACGGAUGGGGGAAGAUUGUCGGUUAUGACGGGGACUUAUUAG